AUGAGGCUCUGUCUCUCUGGGUUAUUCUUCCUCCUGGUGAUCUCACUGCCUUCAGGGCAUUGUUUGUUUGGAGUUGAUGGAGUAGAAAUUCGUACUUGCAAGGCAAUUAAGGGCAGAUGUUUUUUCGGUUGUAAACCGGGGUGGCAAUGGGUGGCAUACUGUCACAACGUAAUGUCUUGUUGCAAAGAAAUGAAGAUAAAUAAGCCCCCCCAAGCCCUACUACCCUGA